AUGUUUACGAGAGUCCUCGUUUACGGCCUAAUGGGCUUUGCCCAUCUACCGACUCUUCGUGCAGAAGCUGCGUUGCCGCCAACACUGGUGCUGCCCUGGGGAGUGUACGAAGGUCAACCUAUGACAGAUGAUCCAGAUAUUUAUCUAUUCGAGAACGUUCGUUUUGGAGCUAAUCCUCCCCGUUUCGGCGCCCCUGCCUUCCCGACGUCAACAAGCACAGCUAUCCAGCCUGUCAGCGACGGACGCAACUGCAUUCAAAUUGACCCGAAUGGUCUCCAUAAUGCCCCAGGUGGUCAAAACCCCGUCGAUACCCCUGAUGACCAGGUCACUCUGCAAGGCGAAGACUGCCUGUUCCUCGAUCUCUACGUACCAAAGGCGGUAAUUGACGCCCCUCCAGUGAAGCUUUUGCCGGUAGUUGUCUGGAUCUACGGCGGCGCGUUCGCAUUCGGGAGCAAGAACCAAAUCGGUCCUUUAUACACUGGCCAGUCAGUCAUCACAGCAAGCAACUACCAGACAAUCUUUGUCGCCGGCAACUACCGCCUCGGUGCUUACGGCUGGCUUUCGGGAGACUACAUGCAGAAGAGUGAUCAGCCAAAUGCGGGACUGUACGACCAGGCUCUCUUGUUUGAAUGGGUACAAAAGUACAUCAAUAAGGUGUCUGGUGAUGCGUCUCAGGUUAGUGCCUGGGGCGAGUCUGCCGGUGCCGGUUCUAUCCUCCACCACCUAGUCCGCGAAGACGGUGCUGUAGAUCCCACAUUCAAGACCUUUGCUGUUCAGAGCCCAGCCUUUGAAUGGGCCUGGGAUAAUAGCCCGAUGGGCAAGCUGGACCAGGUCUAUCAGAACUUUUCAAGUCUUGCCGGUUGUGGCCAGGCGUUUAAUCUUACCUGCUUGCAGCAAUCUACAAACUUGACGGACGCGAACCAGGCACUCUUUGACACUGUCAAACAGACUGGUCUGUUCCCCGUUGGACCAGCUGUGGACGACAAGUGGAUCACUACAAUUCCAACCAUUUUGUUCGCGAAUGGUAGAUACUGGAAGUCCUCUAUUCAGUCGACAAUCAUCUCACACGUUCUCAACGAGACUGCUUCCUUCACCCCGUCGUUUGUGACUUCUUCCGAUACGUUCGCUGAGUUCCUUGAUGUCUUUCUCCCGGGAUCCGAGCUGGCGUCUCAAAGACAGAAGAUAGCUGCCCAAUACCCAUGCACCGAACCCCCCUAUGACGGCGACUAUCGGCUCUGCAUCGCGACCGUGAUCCGCGACGCUAGCUUCACUUGCAACACCCGCGACCUGUACUCCGCAUUUCCGAGCAUAUCGCAUAUGAUGCGGUACGGGUUUCCGACUGCCUCAUUAGCCCGCCACGCGUCAGACCUGGUUCCCCUGUUCUCCAACCACUACGGCGAGGCUAAGGCUAUCUUGGAGAAGAACAAUGUCAGCGCCGUCGAGGCUGAUAUUUAUGCUGUGGCCCUCAUCGACACCGAUCUGGCUGAGGCGUACCAGACGUACUUCGCAUCUUUUGCGCUAUCGGGUGGAAACCCGAAUACACUUUCCAUGCCGAGCGUCUUGUUUCAUGAGCCCCCGGCCUGGCCCGUGGCAGAUGGCAGCGGAAACGAGCUGACCAAUGUGCUCACAAUCGGGCCGCCGUACUCUGCGUUCCCGCUUGAUGUUCCCGACGACCAGAACACAAAGUCAGCAUGCGACUUUUGGACCGAGAUUGCGAAGGAAGUUAUUACAGCACACAAGGAGACGGACGUAACAGGGAACAGAGUGAAGGACAUAAGCUCCGAAGAGCUGUGA